AUGAAUUUGGACUGCAAAAAACGCUGUAAAAUUACUUUCCUUUUUGUAAUUCAUAAUUAUGGGAGGUUUACAAUUGGUUUGAUGGGGAAUGUAUAGAAAUUUUUCAAUUUAACUUAAACUAGAGUGUUUGGACAAUUGAUUAUGUAAUAAUUAUAGUAAUUACAUAAAAAUAUGAAAUAAUCGGAUUAAUAAAAGACUCAUGUUUCUAGAUCGAUGAGUUAGCAUCUACUGACGGAGUAAGAUAUAAAGAAGAUCUUUCCAUAUACUUAAAGUAUUCAUAAUAGGUAUUUGGAAUAAAAUAGAAUGGAAAGCAUACGGGAUUAAUUAAAUAAUUAGUAGUAACAAUCAAUCUCCAUUCACAUUAAGGAUCUCAUAGUCAAGUAAUGAUGUGAUAAUAUUUAAUUCUAAAUAGAGACAAAUUGAAACCUCGAUUAUUAUAGCCUUUGACAAUGUUGGAUGAAAGUUGUAAUAGAGGAGUUAAAAGAAUGAAGAAACUAUUAUAUCAUGAUUCUCAAAAUGUCAACCUCCAUAAUAUCAAUCAAAGAAGAGAAAUGGUUUAGUUGGCAUAAUGGUUGGACAUGAUGGUCCAAUAGGUCCAUUCAUAAAAAUUAACAGAUUAUUAAGAAUAUUAUAACAAAUUGGAAAUAGUCUUCCAAGGUUCGGUAUUAGAGUUAGAAAGACAGAUAUCAAUUGUGGGAUUUGAAUUCGGAUAAUUUUUGAAGAAAUUAUGGGAAGCUUUCACAGAAGAAGUCUAAAAAAUCAUUUUGGGAUUGCAACAAAGAAAUCAGCAAAUUGAAUAGAAAUGUUUGGAGGACAUAAACUAAUUGCAUAAGAAUUAUCAAGAAGCAAUUGAAAAAUAGGCAGAGUCAAUGAGGAUGAUGAAGGAAGAGGCAUUGGCAGUUUAAAAUUCAAUUGUAAAAAUGAAGAAGGAAAAUGUAUAUUUAAGAAAGAAAGAUAAAAGAAGAGAAGAACAAUUGCAUGAAAUAAUGAGUGAAUUUUGGGAAUAGAAUUUACAAUUAAUUGAAUAUUAAGGAAUAGAAAAAUUUCAUAAGUAGGCUCAAACUGCUGAAGAGAUGGAUCUCGUUUUAUAAUAGAAGGAUAUGUUUGAAUUCUUUAAAUAAAAGUUUGAAGUGCAUAAAAAGGAUAUUGAAAAUUAAUAUAAGUAUUAUAUUGUAUCAUUAUUCUAGGAUUCUUACCUUAUAGGAUGAAUAUUAUGAUGGAUCAACUCACUUGAUUAUUACUGAAUCUUCUGUUGACACAAGCGAUUUAAUUAAAACAAAAGUAUAAAGUGAAGACACAUCAGAAUAUUUUACUUAUGUGAGUACCUCAACUCAGACUCCAAAAUAAGCAAAGAAAAUAGAUGAAGAAAUAUAGGUUUAGCCCUGCCAAGGAAAUCAAGAAUCACAAGUCAAUUCAACAUAAUUAAGAAAAGAGAGAGUGCCACGAAAUUAAACAGAAUCAAAGUUAUUCAGAAGGGCAAGAUUCCCUUUAUCUGAGAUUAUUUAAGAGUAUAGUGCUCUGUAUUUCCCUGAGUAAGAAUUAAGUAGCAAUGAUCCUUAAUUUAUUGUUAUUAUGGCUGAUCAAAUUACCUAAUUAAAGGAUAGAAUUGAGGAUCUAUUGACUGUAUUAAAUUUGAGAGGGGAUAAUUCAAGUGAAGACAUUUUUGCAAUCAAAUAAUAUUUACUUUAAAAUUAUGGCAAUUUCAACUUUUAUUUUAAUGUAAAUAAUUUUAUAUUAUAUAAUUUAGUAAUGUUGGAAUGUGUUAUAAACACAAAUCUCGGUUGUUAUGGAUGCUAAAAUAGAUAAAGAAGAAAUGGAACUUGAAAUGAAAGAAAUCGAAAAUAAAUUUAAUGAAAAUGUUGCAUUGUUCAAGAAAUACCAUAAUAGAGCUAAGGAAAAAGAAACUAUUGUAAAAUUUUAUAAUAAUAUAAGUCUAAAUUUUAUGAAGACUCUUUAAUUAAGGUCAUCAGGUAUGCCCCAUAAUUUUUAAUUAAUCAAAUUAAAGAGUAAGCCAAUGUGUAUGGAGUGUUAGAAAAUGUUGAAUUUAAGGAAUUUAAACGAAGACAAGGCACUAAUAUUGAUCCUAAACAAUAAUCAUAACUAUCCAUUAAAGAUUUAGACUCACCUACCAAAUCUCCUAAUAAAACCUUAACAAAUAUCAAUAUUUCUAAGCCUCUGAUGAAAAUUUAGAAAAUUCCAAGUCAGAUUGAGAUCUCGAGUAAAGAAGAUGAUGACGUAUACAAAAGCGAUUCAUCCAAAGAAGGUUCUGGAGAAGAAAGUGAUGUUUCUUUUAGUUAAAUUAAAUUGGAUUUCAAGCAAAGCAAACCUAAGUUAACAAUAGAAAAGAAAUUAAGAAUAUCCACUUGUCCAGUAAAAUCUGCCUCAUAUGCUACGAAUUUAUUAAAAUAAAGUAAUAUUAUUAGUUUAAUAUCUAUAGUGUUAUCUAAAUUCAAUAUUAAUUAUAGAACUGGAUUAUACUAAUUAAGUACUAUCCUCUAAAAUUAUAAUGAAUUAAUUAUGAAAAUCCCAAAUACAAUUUAAAAUACUCCUCUUCAUGUUCAUAUGUACGAGAACAUUGUUGCACAUUAUGGUUAGUCAUAAUUUAGUGAUGCAAAUAGAUACAAAAGAACUAUUCGAAGCUUCUUAUUUUUUGAAACCAAAAGCAGUACUUGCUAAUUAGUUGUCAAAUUUUUAAAAGCAGAAUAUGAUAUCUAAGAUCUCAAUUUAUAUCUCUAAAUAGUUUAAUCAUUAUAAGAAUAUCCAAAUGUUUCAUAUUCAAAAUUCAUUGAUACACUACUUAAAUGGUUUUCAGAUAAUAAGUACUCGUAAAGUGAAAUUGAUAAUAUUAUAUAUGAUAUUUCAACUUCAGAAGUUGCUUAUAUGUAGAGUUAAUAAGGACCAUGUGAUUAUGAUAUCUUGAUGUACUAGUUUUUGGAAAUAUUUUAAAAAUACAAAAAUCGUACUUCUAUCAAGUAUAAGCAUCUGUACACUGCUGUAGAUCUAAUGAAUAAAGGUAGUAUUGACUUUUCUUAAUGGAAUUUUUUGUAUGAAGUAUUGUGUUGCAUCAACUAUUCAUUUUCCAUCAGACUAUUUUAUUAAGAAGCAGAUUACUGUGGGGAUAGCGGAAAGAUGAUGUCAAAAUAAAGAUUUACUUUGGUUUGUGAUGAGUUAAAGAUAUUUUAGGAGGAUGAUCAAAUUAAGUUAUUAGAUAGAGAGACCUAUUUUACAAUCAGGGAGAAGAUCAAUACUUCAUGGAUGAGAGAAAAGAUAGUGAUGAAAAUGUCAUUUAUUAAAGCAAACAAGGUAAGAAUUCUUUCUAAACUAAUAGUAUAAUAAAUUUAUAAAGAGUAUUUUUGCAGCAAUCGAUACAUUUGUUUAAAAUCCAAAGAACUGUUAAUUUGAAGCAGAGACUAUUUGUUAUAUGUAUAAGCUAUUAUAAAAAACCUGGAAGCCCUAGUUCUUAGAAUCGUAAUUAAAUAUAGGCAUACCAGUCGAAAUUUCGUUAAUAAACACUACUUACAGAAGAAUGGAACUCAAAAUUCUCAACAAAGAUUGA